UUUAUACCCAUGUUCUUCAUUUGCGUUUCGUUUUUAUAUCUACGUCUUCGAAGACUUGGGUGGCGGAGAGAUUGAAGGGAGAGGAGAGCCAUGGUGAAGUUCUUGUGGAUUGGCAUUGUAACAGCACUUGUCUUCAGAACUUGGGUUGAUGGGUUUGUCGAAGAGAAGAAUCUUGAUGAGACGGUGCCGUCUUUGUUGGAUACCGACGGAAGCUCCAAGGCUUUUAAUGACACACUACUCAUGGUAGAGCUAACACUCGUCCAACAAGCUGCUGCUAAAGGAGCAGUCUGCUUGGAUGGAACAGCACCUGCUUAUCAUUUACAUCGUGGAUAUGGAUCGGGAGCGAACAGUUGGCUCAUUCACCUUCAGGGAGGAGCAUGGUGUAACGACACCAAAAGUUGUUCUAACCGCACAACUUCACUUUUCGGAUUGGGAUCAUCAGCGUACAUGGAACCAUAUAUGGCAUUUUCUGGAAUACUAAGCAAUCAAUCUGAGGAAAAUCCCGAGUUUUUCAACUGGAAUAGAGUAGAGCUCCGCUAUUGCGAUGGUGCUUCAUUUUCUGGGGACAGCGAUAGUCAGGUUGCAAAACUGCAAUUUAGAGGACAGCGUAUAUGGUUAUCUGCAAUGGACGAUUUGAUGUCAAAGGGAAUGCGUGACGCGAAAAAUGCUCUUCUUUGUGGUUGCUCUGCCGGCGGUCUGUCAUCAAUUUUGCACUGUGAUGAGUUUCGGGGCAUGUUUCCCACAAGUACAAAAGUGAAGUGCCUGAGUGAUGCUGGAUUUUUUCUUGACGCGGUUGAUAUUUCCGGUCAACGCACACUGAGGGAUUAUUAUAGCGGUGUUGUAAGCUUGCAGGGGGUGCAAGAAAAUCUGCCGCGAUUCUGUACUAGUCACCUUGAUCCUACUUCGUGCUUCUUCCCGGAGAACUUAAUUGUGAACAUUACAACCUCGCUAUUUAUACUCAAUUCAGCAUACGAUUCAUGGCAGCUAAUUAUCAAUAAUAGUUUCGUUCCACCAUCAGCAGAUCCGUGCAGCGAGUGGGAGAGUUGCAGAUUUAACCUUGCAAGUUGUUCCGCAUCACAGAUGCAAAUUCUGCAAGGAUUCAGGAAUCAAAUGCUGAAUGCAGUAAAACAAUUCUCAAUGCCUAAUCAAAAUGGGAUGUUCAUAAAUUCGUGUUUGGUGCACUGUCAAACGAAGGAAAGUGCAUUGUUUGCUCAUAAAUUUCCAGCUCUUGGAAACAAGACAAUUGGAGAAGCUCUUGGUGAUUGGUAUUUUGAUAGAGCAGAGGUUAAGGUUGUUGAUGAAACUUGCUGCGAUCUGGCUCUUGAAUGACCAUUGUUUGAUCAAAUUAUUUACACUGUCAUUGUAUUGAGUUGUCUGCACUAUAAUACUACCCCUUCUGCUUAAUGAAAUAAUUUUGUAAUAAUUGAAAUCAAUAGAAUUCUACCAUCAAAGUUCA